AUGAAAGCUUUUCAACAGCAUAUAUUGUUCCCGCAAGAAGUGAAAGCUGCUACGAAUAAUAUAAUCAGACAAUCUAUGGGAUAUGAUACGACUAACCAAGGUCUGCAAUUCAAAUAUUUGAUAGACGAAAACACGAUCGGGAAAAUGGUAGAAGAUAAGUUAUUUAAAUUGUGGGGUUGGUUUACGACAGUUGGAACUUUUGUGUCUGGGCUAAUGGGAAUAUUCUUUGUUGUAAAAUUAAUAUUAACAAUUGUUGACACAGGGCCAACUACGUCAUGCAAAAAUACUGUUUAUAGUAUAAUAUAUAGAACAUUUUCUUCGAAAGCAACAGAUUAUGGUAAAGCCACCGAACAACAAGCUAUCGUCGCUUUGGAAAAAAAAUUAAAUUGUAAAGUGAAUCAAUGUGGACUUAUUAUUGAUGAAGAUUUUCCUUAUUUAGCAGCUUCUCCUGACGGUCUUGUCAAUGAUGAUUUUAUAGUUGAAAUUAAAUGUCCAUUUGGAGUAAAAGACACUAAAACAUUUUUAGAAGCUAUAGACAGUAAAAAAUUAUCAUUCUGUCGUCUCAGUGAAAACGGUAAAAUGGAAUUAAAAGUGGAUCAUAGUUACUAUUAUCAAGUUCAGGGACAAAUUCGAAUUUCAAAACGAAAUUUUUGUUAUUUCGUCGUUUAUUCGGCAAGUUGGAUAGAAAUACAAAUAAUUACUUUCGAUGAUGCUUUCUGGCAAGACAAAAUGAUUGAAAAGUUAAAAAUAUUUUAUACAGAAUGCUUACUUCCAGAAAUAGUCAAUCCCCAGUACGGAAAGAGGCUGUUGAUAGACGACAUUUUAGAUCCUCAGCAUAUUUUGGAAAAUAUAAAAGCAAAAUUACAUCAAUGAAAAAAAAAAAUUGAAACUUUUUCUAAA